UACCAUCCACCACUAACUGUGCAGACGUUCACUGUACCACCUACUACACUAACAGUGUAGGUCUUCACUGUACCAUCCACCACUAACAGUGAAAACAUUUACUGUACUAUCCACUACACUAAUAGUGUAAGCCUUCCUAUGAUAUCUAUAGCACUGACUGCAGUGUGUUUCUAAACUUUUAUUAUACACAGCAGAAACUGCCUGAAGAACUGGCAUUAUCUACAGAGGCUACCUCUACAUCGACUCUUACCGCUGACACAAGACCAAUACCAGAUGGAAGAUAAAGAUUGAUAAGAAGGGGCGAUCACUACCCACUACCAGUCAAGACUUAACUACAGUCCCUCGCCAACUGUUGCCUUACACACUCCUUCCACAAGCUCUCUCUCUCUCCCCGCCAGCAACAUUUUCACAAUAGUGAUACUAGUGAUGAUUAUUUUAUUUGUGAAAGAACACUAUUAAGGAACCUGAUUUGAAUAGUGUACAAUUAUAUGUUAUGGAAACCUCGUGAAGAAGAUGGGUUUGUGACGUUGUGGGUGGAACUCAUCCGCAGUUCUACUGUAUUUGAGGGAACUCUCAGUGAGGUGGUUGAUGCAGGUGAGAGCAAUUCACUGGUGGUACAAUGGGAAAAUAGGCAGAAGGAACUUAAUGUACUUGUUAUGGAGAAGCUGCGUGAAGAUUUCCACAAUCGUCCUGACAACUUUCUUCUCAACUUGCUUGUUGUCUCCUUGCAGUUCUACAAAAACUUUGGCAAAGAGAAAGCUGAUAUAAGCAAUCAUAUCCGAGACCGAGAACUGGCACUAGACAGGAAGCUGUCACCAUCUAAGAAGAAAAUCAUCUACCUUGGUGGGUGUGAAGAGAUCUCUGGCAGACAUGUACUCUACCAGCCCAGUAAUGAACAGUACAUGGAACUUCCUGCUCCUCUCCAGAUUUAUGUGGUGCAGGAUAACGUGGAAGUGUAUUCUGAGGAUCAGUAUGAAGAGCUACAGAAGAGAGACUAUGCAGAUGUUGAUGGUCCAGCCUAUAGAUUCUGUAGUGAGGCUUCUCAGAGACACAAAGGUUACGUGAGACUUCGAUGUGCUGAUAUCAUCCCCGGUAUGUCACGCCACAACACAUAUGAAGACAUCUACAGUUUUAUGAAACCAACUGAUGAAUCAAUGCCUGACCCAAUAGUCGACUUAAGACCUCUGCGGAGAAAUUCGCAAGCAGUCACCCUCAAAGAGGGUGACUGUUUGGAUUCGUUUGCUCACAAGGAUUCUAUGUUGUCAGAUUUUGAAGAUAGCGACAGUGAUGAGCCUGCAAGUCCGCCUUCAUCGACAAAAUUGUAUGCUCGGAGGCCAAGUGGAGUUCUACCAGAGCACUAUCCUACAGGCAAACUUAAGGACAAAAUAAAUAAGCUGAAGGAAGGAAGGGAUGAAUAUGUUCAAAAUGGGUAUCCAGGUGCAAGAACAGGUUCACCCAUACUUUCAAGAAAAAACAAUCUAACAGAGAGACGACCAAGUGGAGUCUUCCCAAAGGUGGGUCCAGAAAUGGAACGACUGAGACUUUCUUCUACACAAAGACAAAUGAUGAAUACUAGUGAGGGAAUGGCAGAAGUCAUAAGAAAAUUAGCCCGAGUUGAGGAAGAUAGUGAGGACGAGGAAGAGAGAGAAAUGGAAGCAGAAAAGGAAAAGACAGAGAAGGAAGAGAGAGAACAGGAAAACAAUAACAUUGAGCUUCAUGACUCCCAAUAUACAACAAGUGAAAUAAAUAAGGAGAAAGAAAAAUCAAAAGAGGUUCGACUUGAUGCAAGCUUGAAUGAGGACUGCUUCUUGAACAGGAAAAUAAAGAUAAAAAACCCCAAAGAUGUGUAUGGGCUUUCAACAACCAGCGAACGAAGAACUUACUUCUCAUCACAACGACAUCUAGAGUGCUUUGAGGAUGAAUUUGAAACUUUGGCACAAAUUUUAGGCAAAGAACAUUUAGUUGAAAGAGCUCAGAUGCAGCCUCCAGCAAUUAUUGCUAAUGAGCUUAUAAUUGAGCAGAUAGGACCAAAGUUCAACACAGAAUUCAUCCCUACCCUGAUAUUGAAGGAGUGGCCAGGUUGUGCAUUCCAGUGGAAACUGAGGGAACGUAAACAACUUGCUGAUCCAGAAACAAAAAUAGUUUACAAGUGGCCCAGAGAAGUGCACAUUAUGGAAGCCAUCCAGAUGGGCUGCAAUUUGGUGCCGCUCGGUCACUACAAUCCUGUAGAACCCAGUAAUGUCAUGAAGAUCGAAUGGCAGAUACAGUUUUCUAGAGCGGAACAAAUUCUUCUCCGAAGCCUUGGACACACACAGAUACGUUUAAUGUUGCUGGUGGAGUACCUGAUGAGGGAUCACCUGGAAGACAUUCAGGGACUGAAGAUACAACACCUCCGUUACAUUCUCUUCUGGAUGUGUGAAGACAACUUCAAAGACUGGCAAGAGGAGAAACUGGGCAGCAAGUUGAAGGCAUACUUAAAAAAUCUUUACAACCGUCUUUCCACAGAGAACCUGCCACACUACUUCAUCGACUCGUGCAACAUGAUGGAAACUAUACCAAAACGCUACAUGCGGCAGAUACAAAUGCUGUUACCACCCACCUGCUCCACUCAAUUAACCCAUUAUAUGGAGGGUUUACUGUAUUAUGCACGAGUAAGUAACAUGAAGGACAAUCUACCUAUUUACUUGAUGCACACUAUGUGGCGUAUGAGAACUGAAGAAGAUUACUAUCCCAAACUGGACAUCCUUGAGCUUUAUAAACUGGUCACAAUGAAGUCGUAUGGUAUAGAACAGUUAAAUCCCAUGCUACUAACACUAACAGGUGGGGAAGCCAUCACUAAUCAGGAAAAAAAAAAACUGGAUGACGGAGAAGAUGUGCUUUACAGUGACUCUGAGGAGGAAUAUGAACAUCGCAUGGCCAAGCUUGGAAUGACAGAUCGGGUCACCUGCCAACCAACGAGAAGUGUUGAAGGAAAAGGACUUUUGCUAAAGUCCGGAGACGUCACAUGUUGGAUCUACCUACCUGAUUAAUUUUAGGCGACAGCAGACCAUAACCCCUCAUCUUGGUAGUGGUAAAGAAUCUGCUUUCCUGUCAUCUGGACUGACUAUUCAAGGGUAUAGACUCUGUGAAGAACUAGCCGUUGGGUUGUCACCAACACCUGUGACCCCUCCCACCCCACAUCAUCAGCAACGGCUACGAUUUCUACAAGACUGUCAACCUCAACCAGACACCCCAUUAUAACUGUACAUAUUAGCAUUGAAUUCAAAUGUCAUUUUUUCAUUUCAUUUUUCAUUUUUCUUUCAAAUAGGAUACACCUUCAUGUUUCACUUUUUUAUUUUUGCAUUAAUAAAUAAUAAAGUGUUU